AGCCUCCCAUAUAAAACUCUGCCUGAGGUCCAGUCUAGCCAGUAUAACAAAGUCGAGACCAAAGCUUUGUGUGGAGACCAGCCGUAGCACCAGCUCAAGCCAGCCUAGCCAUGCCGCCUGUCGCUGUCGAACCAUUUCAGCAUUACGACGAUGCUUUCCUGUCGUCUCUACGAUUCUAUAACUACUGCCAUGGAUCAUACCGGGCCAUGCUAUACAUGGGGCAAACGUUGUCGGAGCCGGUCACAGCCAAGGAGACGAGUAGUGCAGCCAACAGUAUGGUGAUGGUGGGGUCAUCAUGCAUGCAAGGAUGGAGGAUAAACAUGGAGGACGCACACACGCACAUCCUCUCACUCCCCGAGGACAAAGACGCUGCUUUCUUCGCUGUUUAUGACGGACAUGGAGGGGCCAAAGUAGCACAGUACGCUGGAUCACAUCUGCACAAGAAGAUAGUCAAGCAUCCAUCAUACAAAGUAGGUAAAGUAGAAGAUGCCAUGAGAGGAGGCUUCCUUGAAGUGGACACAGAUAUGAGAAAUGAUGAGUCAAUGAGAGAUGAACUAGCAGGAUCGACUGCUGUCACAGUUUUACUGAAGAAUAACAAAAUCUUUUGUGGUAAUGUCGGUGACUCGAGAUCGAUAGCGAGCGUGUGCGGGAAGGUCCAGCAGCUGUCCUUCGACCACAAACCCAGUAACGAGGGCGAGACCAAGAGAAUCAUCGCUGCCGGGGGGUGGGUGGAGUUCAACAGGGUCAACGGUAACCUGGCCCUGUCCAGAGCUCUGGGGGAUUUCGUUUUCAAGCAGAAUGACAAGAAGAAAGCAGAGGAACAGAUAGUCACUGCGUACCCAGACGUUGUAGUGGAGGACCUGACACCUGACCAUGAGUUCCUGGUGCUGGCGUGUGAUGGGAUCUGGGACGUCAUGUCCAACCAGGAGGUGGUGGACUUCAUCCGCACCAGAAUAGCCCAGAAAAUGGAGCCACCUGAGAUUUGUGAAGAACUGAUCAACAGAUGUUUGGCGCCGGACUGCCAGAUGGGGGGCUUGGGCUGCGACAACAUGACUGUCAUCAUCGUAACUCUGCUGCAAGGAAAGUCGUACGACGAACUAGCCGAGAAGUGUGCCUUGCCCAGUAUGGCAGUUCAGUCCAGUCCAGAAAACGGUGCAGGAUUCGCAGACCUCAGAUAGAAGACCUAGAUAGGCGCAGUGUACGUAGAUAGGGAUCGGUUCACUUGUCUGGCAACUGCCUGACAUCACUACUUACAAGUCUGAGAAAAUACCUUUUCUCAAAGAUUUGUUGGUACAUCAAAAACCUCACCACUUAAGAAAAUGAUAAUGGGGGUUAAGACCAACAGGAAGGAUUGCAGCAUAGAGUUUUUGAAGGCAAUUGUAUAAUCAUAACGUGUGUGUUUGGCUCCAAGGUUGGGUGCAUGGGGAAUAACUGUUUGGGACUUCGACACAACAGGAUGUUGGUUGCCCUGCACUAGCGACCUCUGUACAUAGGUUUAUACCCAUAUUAGGAAAAAGGAGACCAAAGAUUUUGGGAUGGAGUCUGCCAUUCGGUGCCUGUGAUGGUGUGAAGGGAUGGGCAAUGUAAAGGCAACCAUCACUAUGGUUUAAACAGGUAUUAAAAAAAAUGACCAAUUUGUGCUGGUCACAAAACUGCAACCAGGGAAGGGUUCUACUACCACUGAGGGGUUUCAUUGUGUUCAAAAUGAUGUUUUGUACUUGUUUAUUACAGUUUCUCUGCAAUCUUAAAGGUAGUUUGUUGCAUUCCAUUGUAAAGAUAGAAGCCUGGUUAUAUAGACUGAUGUAGAAAUGAUCGUAAUUGAAGCACCAUGACUUGCGAAGCCUUUUUGGAUGUUUUGAGAUCCACUUUGGUGGUAGAAUGAACGUAGUAAUCAGUAUGACUGAAAUAAUGAAUUACAAGGAUGUUGGAAGGACAAAAAAAAAGAAAGAGAAGUGCAAACGAACACCUUGAAAGUCUACAAUGCACGCCACAUGUCCAUUUGUGAUGUAGAUACAAUAGAUAGUACUGGUGGAGAGGGUAGUUCCAUAUUGGAAAGCAGACAUUAAGGAUGUUUUCCUCAAUAACCGGUAAGAAAUUCCAGGUUUUGAGUCCAAGUUUUUUCGUAGCCGAAGUUCAAGCCUUGGGGGUUUUCAUGGCCUCUGAGUGAAAGAGAAAUGACUUUAACAAGUUGUCAGUCUUCCAACCAUUUUUCUCGUGUAAAACCUUUACUUAAAGCACAUUGUUUGUGAGCAUGUAACUUGCUGGAAAUGCGAUGCAAUGAACCAUGGAUGUAUUUUGCUUGCAGAAGCAUACCAGUCAUCAGCCAUAACAGCUAGUUGUGCCCUCUAUCAAUUGACUGCUGUACUGCAACAGAAGGCAACUUGUACUCAGUUUUCUGAUCUCCAAAAACUUUCGCAUUGUGCUGUCAAUAGUUUGUUGUACAAGCUCCAUUUAUGCUGUGAUACCUGAAUUUGUUGUGGAGCAAAAAAAAAAAAAGAAUUCUAUGAUAGAAGAUUGUUGUUGUUUACUUGUAACCAAGAUUCUGUCUCAACUUUCAAGUUGCAAAUUUAACUGUCAUUUAAAAUCAUCAUCUGUUCUGUUGUUAAUCUGUUCUGUUAAUAUGUGUAUUAAUCCUGCUAUGGCAAAGGUGUUCUGUUUUGAUAAAAGGCUUUUCUUGCAACUGUCUAAGAAGUCAUGACUUCAAAUUCCAGAGUUUUAGGUGGAAAAUUUCCUGUACUGUUGUAGAGAAAUAAAUCUAUGAAAUCUCCA